AUGAUUCUGAUAACCUCACCGCCGGUGACAUAUCUCCGUCACUCCCUCCACAAUCAUCACACAAAACCGCUGCAAAUCCACCGUCAUUUUCGCCGGAGUAGCGAAAUCUCCACCGUCGAUCGGUGCAUUCCAUGGCAGACAAUAGAUCGCAUGAAGAUACGAACCCGAGUCACACCCUUUUUAUGCUGGGCUCGCCGGGAACCAGAGACGGCGACGGUUGAGGUUGAAGAUGAUCGUCUUCGGAGAAUCGUUCGGUAUCUACUGUGGACUACUGAAGCUGUGUACAUACUAUGGCUCUUUCUUCUCCCUUAUGCUCCUGGAGAUCCAAUUUGGGCAAUUAGUACAGAGACAGUGAAUUCUCUUGUGGGACUUUCAUUGAAUUUCUUCUUUAUCUUGCCUCUUACAAACUCCGUUGGUAUUCAUUUCUUAGAAGCUCCUGUUCUUCACCCUAUGGCUGAAGGAUUAUUCAACUUUGUUAUAGCUUGGACACUCAUGUUUGCUCCGUUGAUAUACACAGACCGAAAGAGAGAUCGAUACAAAAGCUCUCUUGAUGUCUUAUGGAGUCUCAUGAUGUUCCUCACAAACACGUUUCUAAUCCCAUACAUGGCUUUAAGGCUCAAUGACGCUGACCUAGAUGAUAAACCGAGCAAAAGGUCUCGACUUGGUGAAGCAAUGACCAAAGGUGCGCCAAUAGUUGGUCUGACCGGAGCUACGGUAUGCCUGAUAUCGACAUUGUGGUCUCUCUACGGUCGAGCUGAUGGAGGUUUCGGUGGGAUAGUGGAAAGAUGGCAGUAUCUGAUUGGUUAUUUGGGAUCGGAGAGACUAGCUUACGCUUUUAUAUGGGAUAUAUGUCUGUACACAAUCUUUCAGCCAUGGUUGAUUGGAGAGAACCUGCAAAAUGUAAAGAAGGACAAGAUUGUGUUGGUGAGUUAUCUUCGGUUUGUUCCUGUUUUUGGUUUGCUUGCAUAUCUUUUGUUUCUCAAUCUUGACGAUGAAACUCAUUAA